CAGAGAAAGAGGAAAACAGGAUGAGGAUUUGUUCCAUUUUGCUUCUGAUAGGAACAGUUAUUCUCGUGGAGGUUUGUGUUGGGGUGACUGAAGCUCAGCUCAGCUAUGGCUACUACAGGACUUCAUGUCCUAACUUGGAGACCAUCGUGAAAGCCGAAGUCCUGAGCAGUUCGCUCGUCGACUCCACUUCUCCGGCCGCACUUCUCCGGCUCAUGUUCCACGACUGCCAAGUUCAGGGUUGUGAUGCUUCCAUCCUUCUUGAUCCAAACGGGCCAAUGCAAGACUCGGAGAUGAUCUCCUCGAGGAACUUCGGCAUCAGAAAGAGAGAGGUGAUUGGUCACAUAAAGUCAGUUGUGGAAGUCGCAUGCCCGGGACAAGUCUCUUGUGCAGAUAUCAUCGCAUUAGCAGCGAGAGACUCCGUGGCUCUUUCAGGAGGACCCCAUAUUGCCGUUCCACUGGGGAGGAAAGACUCGAGGACCUCGAGCUCCCACAUGGCUGACGCUCGUCUCCCUUCUCCGAGUAUCUCCGUGGAUGAGUUUCUUCGGACUUUCAUGUCUAAAGGAAUGAGCCUCGAGGAGUCAGUUGCGAUCAUAGGUGCACAUACCCUCGGAGCAGGACAUUGCAUCAACAUAGUCAAUCGGCUUUAUGAUGCGAAACCGGAUGAUCGUUACUUGAACCUUGCAUACGAUGCCACACUUAGGCUCAAGUGUCCAAUCCAGGUUCCUCUCACCAAUCUCACCAUUGUGUCCAACGACCUGACCCCAGUGGCGUUUGAUAACCAGUACUACAGAGACCUGGCGGCGGGCAAGGGUCUGUUCCUAAUCGAUUCAAGGCUCUGGGGAGACUCCCGGACUGCGCCGGCUGUCUGGCGGUUUGCAGCUGAUCAGGAGUACUUUUUCCAGGUCUUCUCCUCUGCUUUUGUCAAGCUGUCCUCGACUAACAUUCUCUUGCGAUCAAAGGGCGAGAUCAGGAGGCAUUGCUAUCGCGCGAACUGAAUAUCUAUUGUGUCGACACUUCGAUGAUAUCAAGAGUACAAAUGGAUGUGAAUCUUCUAUAUAUAACACAAAUACAAGUUCAUAGUCCUUUUUUAUUUUUUAUUUUUUCCGGAUUUAGAUAUGAACUUGGAAAUUCUGUGAUUUUCGUGUUCAUAAUGGUUCAUCUUUUAUGAAUAUAGCUGUUUAUGAUUGGCAGAAUAAAAUCAGAACUUUAUAUAA